CACCAUACCAUACUACACAUCGUUUUUAAUCUUUUCAUUCAUGUGAAAAUAAAGACCUCGAACAUUGUAUUUUAGAUAGGAACUACGAUUCAGCCAAGAUGAGCAGCCGCUGCAGCUACGUGGCGCCAGUAUCAGAUGGCCCAGAAAGGCGGAAAGACAGCAAGGCGAGGCGGAGCAGGCAGUGCGGUACCGAGAUAAACGCGACACGUCCUCGCGAUCCACGUGGAACCUGUCAUUGACCAAAACAGAGCUCCGCAGUGCAGAACACCGGGGUCGAGUCGGUAGCGAGUGCUGUUGCAAUUCGUGUACAGUAUUUCCCUGAGGCAGCGAAGAACACAUAUCUCGACCCAGCAGCCAUCAUGACACAAGGGCUGGCGUCGCGGGUCUGUGGACACAAGGAGGUGCUGAAGGCGACCGUAGUUUUGCUGCUUCUGAUCUCACACCAGUGCCUAGCAGCGCCUCAGGUCUCUGCUUCUCAAAGGGCAGAUGCAGAGUUGGGAGAAAAGUCUCCAUCUUUAACUAUGACAAAUCCGUUUGGCUCUGGAGAAGAAGAGCGCAGGUUACUCAAGAUGUACAUUAAUAGUAAUUUGAAGGAAGUACAAGGGAGUCCUGAUCACAUGACAUGGGAACAAGAGAUAUUCUACUUGUUCUCUCUCCACGACUAUGAUAAAAGCGGAGAAAUGGAUGGAUUGGAGCUCAUGAAACUGCUGUCUGACUUCAUUUCUCAUCAGUCUCUGACACAGCAGUCAUCAGAGUCUGUGAUCUCCAUGGUGGACGUUCUUUUGCAGACCCAAGACCUCAAUCAGGAUGGAAUGCUGAACCCUACGGAACUGCUGUCUCCCCCCAUAGAGCAUCGGUCAGCACCAGCUGAUCAGCAGCCAAACCAGGUAGAGGCUGACACCGCUGCCCAUGCUCCACCAGAGCAGGGAACCCAACCAGCAUCGCUGCUGCAGUCAGAGGAGAGUGUGCCGCAGACAGGGCAAUUGCAAGACAGCAAGGCACCUGAGCAACCUGGCUCUCACAGUGCAGAGCAGCACAGUCUGGAGAUCCAGGACCAGCAGAUACAAGAAACGGGGGAGGAACGGGAGGAGCAGUUCAAGGAACCUCCAGGGCAUCAGGAAGAACCCGAGAUGUAACUGCACUGACCAGAAUUAGGAAUUAGCCAUAUAAGAAGCCACUGCAGGCACAAUUAUUAACAUCCUGUAUUUGCUUCUAACAAAAACAAUGAAGUUGCUUUUUGUCUUGCAGCCGCAGUAUGCAGUAGAGAUGUAUUUGAUUUUUUUAAUGAUUUGUGCUCCUUUUGGUAUAAAACCACCAAAGCAGAAAAUAAUAUUUGAAAACAACUUCUUUUGUUCAGGGUACGUUUUCCCCUUCUGUCCUUAAAAUGUAUAUUAUGAACAUUAGUACUGAUGUUUAAUUCUUGGUAUUUAAAAUACAAGGAAGGCUUUCUUGUGCACUUUUGUAAAUAGCUUCAAAAAGUUUUACUUUUAAAAAAAUUCAAAGAGUGUCUUUUCAGGCUGUUUUCUUCCUCAAGGAAAUGGCUCUGAUAAAAAAAGAAAUGGAAAACUGAAAAAUAAUUCAGUGGCUGAAAACAAGUACUUGAAAUCAAUAUCUGUCGUAUAGACUGCACUGGCUUUUAAAAAAAGUUUACUGUUUUGUUUUUCCAUUUAUUUUGAUCACCAUACACAAGUACUACUAUGCAGCUUUUAAUGUGCAUAGUAUUGCAAGUGAGGGAUACAAAUUUUAUAAGUUCAAUAUAAAAUUAUUGAAUACUGUAGAAAUUUACAGACCAUUUAUAGGGCCUGUCAGCUGGACAACUGACAUGCAUGAAAUAAUAUAUUUCUAUUUGCCAGGUCAUUCAAAAUAGAUCCAAUCCUAUGCAUAUAAAAGAUAUUGUACAUUUAUUCUUCUCCUGUGGCUUUAACAGCAUUCAUUAGCAGUUUAGAAUCAUGUAGUCCAUAAGACAUGUUCAGUUUCUUCCAAUGUUUCUCAUGGAAAACAAUACCAGUCCUUUAAAACUACAGUUUGAAUAGUUUCAGUAUUUUGUUUCACAUGUCGAAAGGCAAGGCACUGUGUGUCAUUUUAUAUUCUUUAAUGAAAAACUAUUGUAUCCAUUAGUUAGCUUUCAUAAAACCCCAUACUGUAUUUCAUACUGUAAAUGCAUUGAUUUCAUACUUGGGAGCUAGGUGGUUGUUUUUCAUACUAUAUCCAGGACUAACUGAGGGAGUUAAAUUGUAACCACAUAGUCUCGAUGAGCCAAAGGGCCUCCUUUCAUGUGUGGCCUUUCUGAUAUUCUGAUUUCAAUAGUUAAUGUAUGAAAAACAGAGAAUUGAAUCUCCCGGGAACAGGAAAUCCAGUUGUCUAAAUUGAUUGAACUAUGAAUUACCGUUCUUUUUUAUUGUAUUUACAAUUCGGAAGUUUCUUAGCAUUUUGCACCCUAAAGGUGGAAAUCAAUUGAGCAUGCCAAACUGCCUUUGAAUUUCCAGAAGAAGAUGUAACAUUUGAAUAAAUAAAGACAUUUGUAAUAAAA